CCAGGGCUCCCAAAGCAGACUGAGAGCAGGAGCUCUCCCGGGCCUGACAGGUUCUGCCGUGCAGAAACCCAGCUUAGGAAGGGGGUGCAAAGAAGGGCGCGAGAGGGAAAGGUCAAAGCGAGCCCCGGACCCCAGGAAGUGACUGUGUUUGGGGGGGAAGGGAGGGCUUCCCUUCCAAGGAAAAAAGGGACAGAUGAGGAAUGCACUUCGCGUCCGCGCCACCGCGGCCAGGGAUCCACCGAGAAGUCCCAGCUUCGGCCCCGCGCUCCUGCUCCCUCCCACAGCGUCCCGCGGUGCCAGGGGGCCUCCCAGCGCCUGGCAUCCCCUCCGUCUCGGGUACUCACAGAGUCCGGGGCUGCCCGUCGUCUUCCAUCAUGCCCGCUCCGGACACUGCGCUCCAACCAGGAGGAGCAGGAGGAGGAGGAGGAUGGACAAAAUGGCCGCCGCCACCAGCCAGGCAGGAAACGGGGCAGAGCGCAGGCGCGGCCCGCCAGGUCACUGCUGAGGCCGGCGGCGACGGCCUGCAAGGGGGAUCGCUAAGAGGGGAGGAAGACGGGCCGCUAAGGGAACCCGGUGCGGUGUCACGGCGAACCACGUCGUCGCUGUGCGCCGGCCGGUCGGCGAAACCCAGCCAGCUCGAGUCAAAAAAAAAAAAAAAAAGAGAGAGAGAGAACCGCCGGGAAGCUGAUGUGUCUGGGAAUUGUGGUCCUAGAAAUGAGAGAGGGAGUCGCUUCUCCAGGGGACUUCUGGGAACUGUAGUCCAAAGGAGACGGCCGGCACCAGCGGGGCGCUGGGACGCGGAGAAGAGGCUUCUGGGUAGUGUAGUCGUCUGUGAGGCGUGCGGCGACCAGGAAGUCGGCGUGCUGGGAGGGGAGCGGGGGCAGAAUAAAAGCUACACUAAGAGGCGGGGAAACGAGGUGGGGGAAAGCCCCGUCUCGGAGGUAGACUACAAGUCCCAGAGUGCCUCGCGCUGGGGGCUGUCCUAGCACUGCUCCUGGCAUUUUAAGGCUCUUCUGUUGGCUCUGCGGGGGCUGCCGCUCCGCCUCCAUCCAGCUUGAGAGCGGUUUCUUCAAUUGCGGCUAAAGGCAGUGCUCUGUCUCCGCGUGGUGUCCGAGCCCUCAGGGGCUUUCUGGCCCCAAAGUAUUAACCAAAACGGCCUGCCUAUUGUAAUCAACCGCUACCCCGCGCGACGGGUGAAGGGGGUAGAGUGGACCUUGGACCCGCGCUGAGCUGCAAGCUGCGCUCGCCGGGGCCUCCCUCCGACUUUUCCAACUGCCAGCCGCGUCCUUUGGGCGCGUUUUCCCUCAAAUAGGUAUUCGAGCCUGGGUUGGUGGCAUGCAAAUUGCUUUGGGGGUCCUGCCCAGUCGUGUUCGACUCUUUGUGACCUCUGUAGCCCGCCAGGAUCCCCUGUGUAUGGGAUGUUCCAGACAAGAAUACUGGAAUGGGGUUGCCAUUUCCUUCUCCAGGGAUCGAACCUGAGUCUCCUGUAUUGGCAGGCGGAUUCUUUACCACUGAGCCACCAGAGAAGCCCCAGGGAAAAUUGCUUUACAAGUUUCGAAGAUCUCUCCAUCCGUUCACUCAUCGGAUAAGGCGAUAAGAAGAGCAGGGGGUUUCUAGAACCAUGUUGUUAAGGAUUGACACCAGGCUGAGGAGUUUGGGCUUUGUCUACUAGUCCAUAAAGAGCUUUUCAAGGGAUUUAUUCUCUUAACUGGACCUGGGUACAGUACUGUAUUUAUCAUAAGGCAGUUCAUCAUGGACCCAUGCCUGGCCCACUUUAUUUAUCUCCUAUUGUUGCUCUAACAGUCUUAAUGACUUAAAACGACAGGAAUGUAUUAUCUUAGAGUUCUGAACUGAGUUUCACUGAACUAUAACCAAGGUGUUGGCAGGACUCUUAAAAAAAAAAAAAUGAAUGGUUGCAAGAGAUGAGGAUGAAUAGGUGGAGCACAGGUCAUUUUUACCCAGUGGUGAAAUUAUUCUGUGUGGUAUUGUAAUGGUGGAUCCCAUAGAAUGUACAACACAGAGUGAAUGCUAAUGUACGCUAUGAACUGUUAGUGAGUAAUCAUAUGUCAACACUGGCCCAUUGUUUGCAACAAAUGUACCACAUAAAUGCAAGAUAGUAGCAAUAGGGGAAACUGUGUGGUAGAGAGAGGAUGUAUCGGAACUUUGUACUUUCUGCACCAUUUUUCUGUAACCUUAAAACUAUAAAGGUCAUUACAAAGUGGGAGGGGGGAAAUUGUGUCUUUUUAUCUUUUUGAACUUUUUUCAUACACUGUAACAUUCAUACACUGUAUGAAAUUCAUACAUUUCUUACACUGUAAGAUUCAGCCAUACUUUAUGUAUUUAGUUCAUUCAUUUUCACUCUUGUAUAAGAUUCCAGCUGGUGAACAUACCAGAUUUUGUCUGAUUUCUCUUGAAUGGACAUUUGAGUUUCUUCUAGGUUUUUGCUACUGUGAGCAAUGCUGCUAUGAACAUUAUUGUACUCUUCUGUUACAGAUUUACAAGAACUUUCUUUGGUUUGUUUGAGUCUAUUCGUAAAAGUAGGUUUGUUGAGUCACGGGGUAUGUGAGUAUUCAAUUUUAGAAGAUAAUGCCAAACGUUUUUUCCAAAGUGGAUACACAGAUUUGCACUCCCAUUAGCAUUAUGUAGGAGGUUUUAUGAGUGGAUCCAUAACUUCUUCAGCACUUGCUUUGUCAGACUUUUUACACUUAUCAAUCGAAAUGUUAGCUCAGUGUAGACUUAAUUUGCAUUUAAUAAUCAAUAAGAUUGAGUGUCUCUUCAUAUUUCAUAGCCAUAUGUAUUUCCUCUUCUGAAAAAUGCUUGUUUAUAUCUUUUGUCCAUUUCUCUGUUAGGUUAUAUAUGCUUUUUUUCAUUGAUUUUAAGGAAUUCUUGAUGCUGAUCCUUUCUCAGUAAUGUAUAUUGCAAAUAUCUCCUCCCAGUUUAUAAGCUGUCUCUUUAAAUGCCUUUAAUGAACAAAGUGCUUAAUUUUUAAAAUUAUUUAUUUAUUUUUGGCAGUACCUCGUGGCUUCUGAGAUCUUAGUUCCUGGACCAAGGAUUAAACCCACACCCUCAGCAGUGAAAGCACAGAUUCCUAACCUUUAGACCACCAGGGAAUUCCCAAAAGUGCUUAAUUUUAUGGAGUGUGUGUGUGUGUAUUGUUUAAGAAAUAUUUUCCUACCUCAACUUCUAAAUCACAGAUUCUAAAAGAUACUCAUCCAUGGAGUAUACUAAAAGUUUUUAAACUUAAUAUUUUAAAUUUAAGUCAUUAAUCUACCUGAAGUUAAAUUUUAUACAUAUAUAGGGUAGGGAUCAAUUUCAUAUUUUUCCACAUUUAUAUCAUUAUUUUAAAGUUCCAUUCAUUGAACAGUUCCACACAGUGUUUCCCAUUUAAUCUGACAUGCUCCUUGUGUCAUCGCGUAAUUUGGGUCCUUAGAAGAUCGAGAGAAGCAUUGAAGGAAAAUUUGUGAAGGGUGAAAGAGGACAGGAAUAGGCCAAAAUCCCACAAUACAUGUUGGACACUUGUGAAAAGGGAAGUGGGCAAGGAGGGUUGGCUAGGAAUUGCCUCCAACUUGGUGCAACUCGGAGAUAACGUUGACAAAGUCACUGGAGACCCUCAGAGAAAAGUUUGCCUCUUAGUGGAGACCCAUGUCAGACAGAGAUGGCUCCACUCCCGUACCCCAGCUGUCUCAGUCACUGGCUCAAAGCAGCCUUGAGAGAGAGCGUGGUCUCUGCACGAAUGCUGCAGUGGCUAUAAAGCUGCUGUCUGCUAAUCUGGGCGAGACCUAGAGGUUGUCCACUAACUGUGCUCCUAGCGCCAGGUGCUCUUGGAGGGAAUUUUGAGUAAGGUACCUUCAUGGUUAUCAGAGUCCUAUGCCAGAGUUUCUGACAUGCACAGGUUUGUUUCCGGGCUCUCUAGUCUAUGCCUGUUGUCAGUACAAAACUAUUAUCUUCAUAAGAAGUUCAAAUCAGCUAUUCUUGGUCCCUUUGUGCUCAGUCACUCGAUCGUGUCUGACUCUCGGCAGUCCCAUGAACUGUAACCUGCUAGGUCCUCUGUCCAUGGGAUUUUCCAGGCAAGAAUACUGGAUCGGGUAGAGUAGGUUGCUAUUUCUUACUCCAGGAGAUCUUCCUGACCCAGGGAUUGGGUCUCUUGUGUCUCUACCACUGUGCCACCAGGGUUCUCUUCCACAUAUGUUCCGAGAUUUUAAGUAGGGGAGUAAUAUCAGGCCUAUACUGGAGCAGGAAAAGUCAGGCAGGUGUCUAGAUUAUCACAGGGAUGAAAGAUUUCAGGCUGAGAGAGCUUCUGGGCUAAACUUCAGCAAGUAAGAGAAAAGGAGUUACAAAUUGAGUAGAUUUAGGCAGUAGCAAUGAAAAAGACGUUAUGGAUACAAGAUAACAGGGCGGCAGUAAGGUGGGAGAAGGGAAAAAAACCCAAGCUAACUCCCCAUGUUAAGGGCUUGCCUAUCUUCCCAGAUGGUGAAUUCUUUCACUGAGUCAGGAAACACAGGAAGAGCAGGUUUUAGGGAAAGUGUGUUUGGUUUUGCUCUCAAUGUUUGCACAUAUAUUUAUGUGCAAUAUAAUAUAUUUAAGCUGCCCAGCAUUCAAAUGGAUAUGGAAGCCUAGAGCUCAGGGACCCAGACUAGCUACCGGAGUAGAAAAUCUGUAGAUGUAACUGAGGUCUGAGGUGAGAGAAAGUGUCGCCUGGGGAGCGUAUGGAAGGUAGGAGGGCUGAGAACAUGAGAGGACACUAACAUAACGAAAAUCAAAGAAACAACCUUAAAAAAUUGAUAAGGAUCAGUCAAAAGGAAAGGCUCCUACCUGAAACCCAUUUGGAUGGAUACUAUGGAAAAUGCCAGAAAAAGUAAAUAAAAUAACAAGUGUUGGUGAGGAUGAGCAGAAAUUGGGACCCUGGGGCCCUGUCAAUGGGAAUGUAAAAUGGUGCAGCCACUGUGGAAAACAGUAUGGCAGCUCUUCAAAAUUAAAAACAGAAUUACCAUAUGAGUCAACAAUUCCACUUUUGAAUAUAUACCCCCAAGAAAUUAAAAGUAGGAUCUCAAAGAGAAACCAUACACCAUGUUCAUAGCAUUACAAUAGCCAAAAGGUGGAGGCAACACGUGCCCAUUGAUGGAUGGAUGCAUAAGCAAAAUGGGGCAUAUAUGUGUAAUGAAAUUAUUGUUCAGCUUUAAAAACGAAGGAGAUUCCAACACAUGCUACAACAUGGGUGAACCUUGAAGGCAUCCUGUUAAGUGGAAUAAGCCAGUCACAGAGGGCAAAUAUUGUAUGGUUCCACUUAUAGGAGGGGCCUAGAAUAGUCAAAUUCAGAGAGUAGAUAGAAGGGUGAGUGCUGGGAGUUUGGGGAGGAAGAGACAGUGUUUCAUCGGCACAGAGUCUCAGUUUGAGAUGAUGAAAAAGUUGCAGCGAUGGAUGGUCCUGAUGGUAGUAUAAAAUGAAUGUGCUUAAUGCCACUGAACUGUACACUUAAAAAUAGUAUCGAUGGUAAAUUUUGUUGUAUAUAUUUUACUGCAACCUUU